CAACCUCUACUCGACAUUCCCCUUCUCUCCUCCUCUAAAAUACCUCUAUUUCGAACCACCUCCUCCCGCGCGCCCUUUUGAUGCAGAUACAAAACGCAUGGUGCGCAAUACGCCACCACCUCCUCUCCACGAACCAAUGCACUCCGCUCAAAACCCUAAAAUCCAUCCACGCUUCCAUGCUCCGGUCCCACCUCGAUCUCAACCUCUUCCUCUCCACCCACCUCAUCUCCAAAUACGCCCUCCUUAAUUCCAUGAAUUACGCUUUUGCCAUCUUCUCUUCCUCCAACCAAACCCCUGACGUCUUCCUCUGGAACGUCCUCAUCCGUGGAUUCGCCGACAAUGGCCAACCCGAUCGCGCCAUCUCUCUCUACCAUCAGAUGCGGGCGGUUGGAGUCUCGCCCGACAACUUCACGUUCCCGUUCGUCUUCAAAGCCUGCGCGAAUCUUCGGGAUGUCGAAGAGGGAGAGAAGAUUCAUGCCGAUGCGGCAGAAUUCGGAUACGAGUUUGAUAUCUUCGUGGGGAAUUCUGCUGUUUCAAUGUAUGGGAAAUGUGGGCGGUUUGAGACAGCCCGGGAGGUGUUUGAUAAAAUGCCCGAGAGGAAUGUGGUCUCAUGGAGUGUGAUGAUUGCAGCUUAUGUGGAAAGUGGGUGUUUUGAGGACGCGAUGGGGUUGUUUUGGCGGAUGUUGGAGGAGCGAAUCAGACCCAAUAGAGUAACGAUCUUGAAUUUGAUUCCAUGUGUUUGUAGGAAGAAUGAGGCUGAUGAGAUUUAUAGAAUUGUUGUGGAGAAUGGUCUUGAUUCGGAUAUUUGCAUUCGGAAUGCGCUGAUGGGGAUGUAUGCAAAAUGCAGGAGGGUAGAUAUUGCAAGGAUAUUCUUUGAUGGGAUACCUGAAAAGGAUUUGGUGUCAUGGAGUUCGAUGAUUGAAGCUUAUGUGCAAGCCGAUUUGCCAAUAGAGGGUUUGGAGCUCUUCAAACAGAUGAAGUUGAAAAGAGUUCGCCCUGAUUAUGUAACUGGCCUUAGUGUUGUCCGCGUGUGUUCGAAUUUAGCAUCCCUUCGACAAGCAAAAUUUGCUCACGGGUUUAUAAUCCGGAGCUUGUUCAAUCACAAAGUGGUAAUAGAAACUGCAUUGGUUGAUCUUUAUGUGAAAUGUGGAAGCUUAGAAUAUGCUCGCCGUGUUUUUGAUAGUAUGCGAGAACGGAACUUGGUUUCCUGGAGCACCAUGAUAUCUGGUUAUGGAAUGCAUGGGCGGGGGAAGGUUGCCCUUGAGCUCUUUGAUUGGAUGAAAGGUUCAAUGGACCCUGAUCAUAUCACAUUUGUUUCACUGUUGUCAGCUUGCAGCCAUGCUGGUUUGAUAGCUGAAGGGUGGCAAUGCUUUAAUUCUAUGAUUAGGGAUUUUCAUAUUAUGCCAAGAACAGAACAUUAUGCUUGCAUGGUUGAUCUCCUUGGUCGCGCUGGGCAGCUGAAUGAAGCCCGGGAGUUCAUUGAGAACAUGCCCAUAAAGCCAGAUGCUGGUGUUUGGGGGGCCUUACUUGGCGCAUGCAGAAUUCAUUCAAAUGUGAAGCUAGCUGAAUUGGCCGCAAAAUCACUAUUUGAAUUAGACCCAGAGAACUCUGGUCGAUAUGUCUUGUUGUCAAACAUAUACAUGUUUUCGGGUAAAAGAGAAGAGGCCGACAAGGUCUGGGGCUUGAUGAAGCGGAGAGGGGUGAAGAAAACUGCCGGUCACACAGUCAUCGAAGUAAAGAACAAAGUGUAUACAUUUCUUGUGGGGGAUCGAUCAAAUCCUCAAACAGAUCUGAUUUAUGAAGAGUUGGAUCGAUUGAUGGAGAGGAUUCGAGAAGAAGGGUAUGUGCCCAAUACAAAUUUCGUGUUGCAUGAUGUGGAGGAUGAGAUGAAGGAGAAGAUGCUGUAUGUGCACAGCGAAAAGCUUGCCAUUGUGUUCGGGCUCUUGAAUUCAGGGCCUGGAAGCACGAUUAGGAUCAAGAAGAAUCUAAGGGUUUGUGGGGAUUGCCAUACUGCGACCAAGUUCAUCUCUAAGGUUACGGGAAGGGAAAUUGUAGUUAGAGAUGCUCAUAGGUUUCACCAUUUCAAUGGAGGUAUGUGUUCUUGUGGGGAUUAUUGGUGAAGAACUUCCUCCAUGGCUGAUGGUGGUGGUGUUUGUAUCUCGUCUGACCUGGUACCAAUAGACGAGGCUGGAUAUCACCUUUGUACAGAAGCUUAGCUUGCAAUUUUUCACGGCAAGGUAAUGCGAGCCCAUAUAAAAAUGGAGUGAGUAGAAAACACUCUUAGCAGUUGCCUUAUCAUGUUGGGCAUUUUAGCGCCUAUUUUGUUGAGUGGGAUGGUAAAAUAGGGGAUAGAAAAGUGCAUGCAAGUGCUCAUAAAAAACCCUGGUUUAGCUCGAAAGGGGGCUUUCACCUCAAACCCUCCUUUGGAUGGUACAUCCAAUCGGGCCCUUAAUCUUUGUUCCAAAUUGGCUGUUUAAACCUCUAUUUCUUUAUAUUAGUUUUGUUUAAUUGGUGAUUGGUUAGUUGUGGCAAGUUUGUAUACAUCUUUCUUUCAUCUCUACUGAGUUCUUAAUAAAUUUCGAAGCCAA